AUCAAAUAUUUAAACUAUUACUCUAUAAUUUGGAUUACUGACUGAUCUAAAUUCUAAUGGAGUCGAGCGCUGAACGCCGCCUGAGAUUGAUUCAGACCCAUCUCAUUCCCGACCUCGAUGAAUCUUCGUUUCCGAUCUCUGCCAAUCCCACCGCCGGUGAAUUCUUUAUCGGUACUUCUUUUUCUCUUUUUUUAAUGUUAAUUUCAGAGUAUCAUUGGAAUUCAAUAGAGUACUUCAUAUUUUUUCUUUCAUUCAGAUCUGCCCGUUCUCCAUUGAAGCUUGUUGAUAGAUUCCCUGAUCAUCCAGAGCUUGGCACAUUGCAUGAUAUUUUUGUGCACUCAGUUGAAAGUUUCCAAGACUACAAAUAUUUGGGUACACGCAUACGGAUAGAUGGGACUGUUGGAGAUUACAAAUGGAUGACAUAUGGAGAGGCGGGUACUGCUCGAUCAGCUAUAGGUUCAGGACUUCGCCAUCAUGGAUUACAAUCAGGAGCUUGUGUUGGACUUUAUUUUAUUAAUAGGCCAGAAUGGAUGAUUGUGGAUCACGCCUGUUCAGCAUUUUCGUACAUAUCAGUUCCUUUAUAUGACACCCUUGGGCCUGAUGCUGUUAAGUAUAUUGUGAAUCAUGCUGAGAUACAGGCCAUUUUCUGUGUGCCAAGUACCUUAAACACGCUACUGAGCUUCCUGUCAGAGAUUCCUUCCGUACGCGUAAUAGUGGUAGUUGGAGGGGUAGAUGAACAUCUACCAUCUCUACCCUCUGCUGCAGGAGUCAAGCUUGUGUCAUAUACAAGGUUACUUAGCCAGGGUCGCAGUAACAUGCAUCCAUUUUGCCCCCCCAGACCCGAAGAUGUAGCCACUAUAUGCUAUACGAGUGGUACCACUGGGACGCCAAAGGGAGUUGUUCUAUCACAUGGAAACUUGUUAUCAAGUGUUGCUGGCAUGACUCUUUCUGUCAAAUUUUAUUCGUCAGAUAUUUACAUAUCCUAUCUCCCCUUGGCACACAUAUAUGAACGAGCUAAUCAAAUCAUGUCAGCAUAUUACGGAGUUGCUGUUGGCUUCUAUCAGGGGGAUAACUUGAAAUUGAUGGAUGACUUAGCUGCUCUAAGGCCCACUAUAUUUUCUAGUGUUCCUCGUCUGUACAACAGAAUAUAUGCUGGAAUAAUUAAUGCUGUUAAGUCUUCUGGUGUGCUGAAAGAGCGGUUAUUUAAUGCAGCCUACAAUUCUAAGAGACAAGCUGUAAUGAAUGGUCGAAAACCAUCACCUAUGUGGGAUAGGCUGGUAUUCAAUAAGAUAAAGGACAAACUUGGAGGCCGUGUUCGUUACUUGACUUCAGGUGCUUCCCCGCUGUCUCCUGAUGUGAUGGAGUUCUUGAGGGUGUGUUUUGGCUGCCAAGUGAUUGAAGGUUAUGGCAUGACAGAGACUUCAUGUGUCAUCAGCACUAUGGAUGAGGGUGACAACUUAACUGGUCAUGUUGGUUCUCCCAACCCUGCAUGUGAAAUAAAGCUUGUUGAUGUUCCUGAAAUGAGUUAUACCUCAGAGGAUCAACCUCAUCCUCGCGGGGAGAUCUGUGUCAGAGGACAUAUAAUUUUCCAAGGCUACUAUAAAGAUGAAGUUCAGACGAGAGAAGUGGUCGAUGAUGAAGGUUGGCUGCAUACAGGAGAUAUCGGACUAUGGCUACCAGGUGGGCGCCUCAAGAUUAUUGAUAGGAAAAAGAACAUUUUCAAGCUGGCACAGGGCGAAUACAUAGCACCUGAGAAAAUCGAGAAUGUGUAUGCAAAGUGUAAAUUUGUUGCACAGUGCUUUGUGUACGGUGAUAGCUUGAACUCCUAUUUAGUUGCUGUGAUCUGCGUGGAUCCUGAUGUGCUAAAGGAUUGGGCGGCAUCAGAAAACAUUAAGUAUGAUGAUUUAGGACAACUUUGUAACGAUCCAAGAGCAAAGGCUGCUGUGCUUGCUGACAUGGAUGCUGUUGGAAGAGAAGCUCAGUUGAGGGGUUUCGAAUUUGUGAAAGCCGUAACCUUAGUGCUGGAGCCGUUCACUGUGGAGAAUGGCUUGUUGACUCCAACCUUUAAGGUAAAACGGCCUCAAGCAAAAGCAUAUUUUGCGCAAGCAAUAGCAGGCAUGUAUACGGAGCUUUCGACAGCUGAUCCAACCGGGGCUCCACAAAAGAUGUUGUGACACUCUUUCUACAUCUUGUACCAAAAUUUGAAACUCUUCAUCCAAUCUCUACAAUCUCAGUUUAUGCAUUUUUGUUUGGUUCA